ACUGCUUCUCACAGAGCAGAUAGAGGGAGUUCAGGGAGGAGGAAACAGGAGGAAAUCUGUUUGCCGUUUGAUGUUGGAUUCUUCAGCAGAGAUAUGAGCCUGAGGAUCAGCAGACACUGAGACGACCGACAUGGACAAACAGAAAGUGCUGGCCAAGCUGAUCUGGGAUCUGCAGUCCUUCCUGUCUGUUCUGGACUCAGAGAACCUGAGCUACAUCGCUCAGGCUCAGAAGAAAUCCAUCUCAGAGCUGCUGUCCACGCUGCAGCAUCAGGACGCUCCAGUGGAAGAUGCCGAGUACAUGAUCAUGAGCUGUCCAUCAUCGUCUCCUAGCAACGAGCUGACAGACACACCUGCAAAAGCUGUCCGGGCCUCUGAGCUGGUCUUAAAUCAGGACCUGUCUGCAUGGCUGAGGAACGGGCUGCAGGGCCCCGAGGUGCCGCCCCUCCCUCCAGGAGGUCUAGGAGGUGACGAUGAGGACGAAGAUACGUACGAGGAGGCAGAACCUUACGUACCUGCCGACGCCACCGUGUCCAACACUGAGAAGGCGGAGUCAGACAGCAGCCACUACGAGUCCUACGAUGAGGAAGACGAUGACGAUGGAGGGGAGGAGCUUGUGAAGGACAGAGCUCACUACAUCCAGUGGAGCGCCUCACAGCCCUGCCUAAAGCCCACGCCAGAGUCCCGCCUCUGCGGGUACCUGUGGAGGAGGAAGUGGCUCGGACAGUGGAGCAAAGAGCUGUUCAUCAUCAGGAACGACGCGCUGCUGUGUUAUAAGUGCGCCCGCGACCUGCUGCCUCAGCUGGAGUUGAACCUGCGCGGCUGUCAGCUCGUCUACAAGUCAAAGAGCAGCAGGAAGAUCCAGCACCAGCUCAAACUGGUGCUGCUGGGCUCGGAGACGCUGGUGCUGGGCUACAGCACCUUCCAGCAGGCCGACGAGUGGAAGAAGGUGAUCGAGCAGGUGAGCAUCGCAGGAGAAACGGAGAUGCACAGCUACUCGUCUCUGAAUAAGUCAGACCAGCUGCUGUCCUGCAGGUCCAGUAUAGUCCAGUCUGACUCUGACGAGGAGAAACCUUCAGCUCGCCGCAGCCUCAGCAAGAACAAAGGUUUCCUGAACGUGCUGAUGAACUGCCAGUGGCAGAGUUUACUGUGUCGGGUGGAGGCCGGGGUCCUCAACAUGUUCGGAGAGGAGGAGGAGGCGGAGCAGGGGCAGCGCUCGCCUCAGUACACCGUCCAGCUCAGAGGCUGUGAGGUCAAACCCGACACCAAGCACUGCUACAGGAUCACACUGAGCAUGCUCGAUGACCAGAUGGCGGUGCUGGAGGUGAGCAGCUCAGAGGAGAAGCAGCGGUGGUUGAAGCUGCUGCAGGAUGGCGCUGCGUAUUACUGUCACCAUGACGACAAAACACAGGAGCACUCAGGUGUAACUCUCAGUGGGCUGCAGACUCGCAGGUUUCCCUCCUCCAACACCUACAUGGACGACCCCUUCCACCUGAGCGAGCCGGGCCGAGACCAGCCCAUCUACUCCAACACCCCCGUCCUGGAGCACAUGCUCCACGGCUCUCAGGGUUCGAUUCGCUGCAGCUCGGUGUCGUCCAAAGGCUCAGUGACAUACAGCAACACCGUCCUCAGCGGCCACAACAGGAAGUCGGCCGAAGUGCAGCGAAGCAUUCAGAAGCUCGAGCUGACCGACAGGAAGGUAGUGCCGCUGAGGGCGGGGUCAGAGAUCAACCUGGCAUCCAGCGCAAAGCAAAACAAGCGCACCUCCUUCAGACAGUCCCUGGCCAUCUACAGUGAGCGCGCUCAGGCUGGCAUCCUGAACCCUCUGCUGCGACGGACGGCGUCAGCUAAAAACUCCCUGAGACGGGCUCCUUCGGCGCUGUUCAUCGAACACGGGAAAGUUUUCCAGAGGAGGAAGGAAUGGGAAACUAAAGCAGCUGCUUGACACCGGCUGCACGGCUAAUAUCACAUCCCAUCAACUAGUGUGGACUGCUUUUUUGUUUUGUUUUUCUAGCUAUCAUAUUUUAUUCAGAGAUGGUGCAGGGAGAGUGUGCCAAAGGAUUUUAACACAUCUAACAUAAUAAAAAAAAAACAAGAAAAACCUUAUUGCCCGACAUGAAGCUGGUCACGAGUGCUGCGUUCGCUGCUGUCGAUCUCUUAGCUGAUCUCUCGUUCGUGCCCAUUUUAAAAGUUUACAUUUCCAACCAAGAACAGGAAAUAAUCUUUUUAAAUAAAGCUGAAAAGCUAACAGCUAGAUAAUAAUACUGUGUUCAGUGCUAAUGUUGGUAUUUUAGCUAGCUAACAUGCUAAACAGAGACUUACUGAGCUGUGAAAGUUUCGAUAAACAGCAGCUGAUGAACAGAAUUCAGAGAAACCUCUGUUGAUUCUGUUCAUCUGGACGUUU